AACCACUCUCUGUGUGAGAAGAUGGCCAUGGAGACAGAGAACUCCAACCAGACUGUGGUGAGCCACUUCUUCCUGGAGGGUCUGAUGUACACAGCUGAGCAUCCGAGCAUCUUUUUCCUACUUUUCCUCCUCAUCUAUAGCAUCACCGUGACGGGGAGUCUCCUCAUUCUCAUAACUGUGGGCUGUGACCCUCACCUCUGCUCCCCCAUGUACCACUUCCUGGGACACCUGUCCUUCCUGGAUGCAUGUCUGUCCACAGUGCCAGUGCCCAAAGUCAUGGCAGGUCUCUUGACUCCAGACGGGAAGGUGAUCUCCUUUGAGGGCUGUGCCAUCCAGCUUUACUGCUUCCACUUCCUGGCCAGUGCUGAGUGCUUCCUGUACACAGUCAUGGCCUAUGACCGCUACCUGGCUAUCUGUCAACCCCCGCACUACCCUGUGGCCAUGACCACGAGGAUGUGUGCAGGGCUGGCUGGGAUUACUUGGGCCAUGGGUGCUGGACACUCUGCAAUCCAUACCUCCCUCACCUUCCACCUGCUCUACUGUGGGCCUCGCCAUGUUGCCUACUUCUUCUGUGACAUCCCCCCUGUGCUGAAGCUGGCCUGUGCGGACACCGCCAUCAAUGAGCUCGUCAUGCUUGCCAACAUUGGCAUUGUGGCCACAGGCUGCCUGAUCCUCAUCAUCACAUCCUACGUCUUCAUCGUGGCAACUGUGUUGCAGAUCCACACGGCCGAGGGCCGGCAGCGUGCUUUCUCAACUUGCACUGCCCACCUCACGGUGGUUCUUCUAUACUACAUGCCACCUGUCUGCAUCUACCUGCAACCUCGCUCCAGUGGGGCAGGAGCUGGGGCCCCUGCUGUCUUCUACACAGUGGUCACGCCAAUGCUCAACCCUUUCAUUUACACUCUGCGGAACAAGGAGGUGAAGCAGGCUCUGCAGAGGCUUCUGUGCCAAGGCCCCCGAGAGUCUACAGCAGGCAGCCUGCCCCCCUGA